UACGAAGCAAAAUGAAAUGAUUACCGCAAGUCAACUAUGCGUCUAAAAUCAAAGAACGCUUCCGUACUCAGCUACCUCCAAACCCGGUGAAGUCGUGAAUUUCUCCUUUGUUUUGCUUACAACCAUAGCCUGGUACAGGUAAAAGAGAAACAGAUGGGCUACCUCUAGAUAAAAUGAAUGCCAACGUUUGGCUGGAAUUUUAACAAAAAGAACCCUCUCGGCUGCCAUUGCAGCCAAACACCGAAACCCACAGUCCUGGAAAGCCAUUCUUGGUUUCCGGGUAGGGGCGUGGCCACGCAAGCGCAGUGCCCCAUAACCGUGACGUCAUCAAUCCGCGCACAGAUGAGCUUCUAAUUCCUGAGCAGGGCAGCAGCGGCACGAGCCUGCCGGGCUCUGGUGGCCUUCACGGCAAGUCGACGCCCGCUGCGCACCAGUCCGCAGAGCCGAGCUUUCGCUAAAGAGCUCUGCUUGGGCAAAAUUGAGAAGAACGGAGUUUUCCCAUUUCCAGAGGUGAGCCAAGAAGAACUUAAUGAAAUCAAUCAGCUUGUGAAACCUGUGGAGAAAUUCUUCAUGGAAGAGGUGGACUCUAGAAAAAUUGACCAAGAAGGGAAGAUCCCAAAUGACACUUUGGAGAAACUGAGGAGCCUGGGGCUGUUUGGGAUGCAGAUCCCAGAAGAGUAUGGUGGCCUGGGCCUGUCCCACACCAUGUAUGCACGGCUAGGGGAGGCCAUCAGCCUGGAUGGAUCCAUCACUGUGACCCUGGCAGCACACCAGGCCAUUGGCCUCAAGGGCAUCAUCUUGGUUGGCACCGAGGAGCAGAAGACCAGAUACCUGCCCAGGCUGGCGUCGGGGGAGCAUAUCGCCGCCUUCUGCCUCACAGAGCCCAACAGUGGGAGCGAUGCUGCCUCCAUCCAGACCAGGGCCGUGCUGAGUGAAGACAAGAAGCACUAUAUCCUCAACGGCUCCAAGAUCUGGAUCAGCAACGGAGGGCUGGCCAGUGUUUUCACUGUGUUUGCAAGGACCAAGGUGGCUGAUGCCAAUGGCUCAGCAAAAGACAAAAUCACAGCCUUCAUAGUCGAAAGAGACUUCGGUGGAGUCACUAAUGGGAAGCCUGAAGACAAGUUAGGCAUUCGGGGUUCCAACACUUGUGAAGUCCACUUUGAAGACACCAAAGUGCCUGUUGAAAACGUCCUUGGAGAGGUUGGAGGUGGCUUUAAGCUGGCCAUGAACAUCCUCAACAGCGGGCGGUUCAGCAUGGGCAGCCUCUCGGCCGCGAUGAUCAAGAAACUGAUUGAAAUGACUGCUGAGUAUGCCUGCACACGGAAGCAGUUCAACAGGAAACUCAGUGAAUUUGGGUUAAUCCAGGAAAAGUUUGCACUGAUGGCUCAGAAGGCUUACGUGAUGGAAAGCAUGGCCUACCUCACCGCGGGAAUGCUGGACCAGCCGGGGCUUCUGGACUGCUCUGUCGAGGCAGCCAUUGUGAAGGUGUUCAGUUCCGAGGGUGUCUGGCAGUGUGUGAGCGAGGCACUACAGAUCCUGGGGGGCUCGGGCUACAUGAAGGACCAGCCCUACGAGCGCAUGCUGCGUGACGCCCGCAUCCUCCUCAUCUUCGAGGGAACCAACGAGAUCCUCAGGCUGUUCAUCGCGCUCGCAGGCCUGCAGCAUGCUGGCCGCAUCCUGACCACAAGGAUGAACGAGCUGAAACGGGGCAGUGUGCGAGUGAUCAUGGAGACUGUGGGCCAGAGGCUUCGAGACUCUCUGGGCCAAACCGUGGACAUGGGCCUGACAGGUCAGCUCGGACUGGUGCAUCCAAGUCUGGAGGACAGUGCCACCAAGCUGGAGCAGAAUGUGUACUACUUUGGCCGGACUGUUGAGGCACUGCUGUCACGCUUUGGAAAGAGCAUCGUGGACGAGCAGCUGGUGCUGAAGCGGGUGGCCAACAUCCUCAUCAACAUGUAUGGCAUGGUGGCCGUGCUGUCUCGGGCCAGUCGCUCUGUCCGUAUCGGGCUCCGGGACCACGACCAUGAGGUCCUGCUGGCCAACAUGUUCUGCGUGGAAGCCUACUUCCAGAAUCUCUUCAGCCUGUCGCAGCUGGACAAGGAUGCUCCAGAAAACCUGGAUCAUCAGACUAAGAAAAUAGCCCAGCAGAUCCUUGAGAAGCGCGCGUACAUCUGUGCCCACCCUCUAGACAGGAUGUCCUGAGGCGGGGACAGUGCUGCUACCACCUCCCAGCUAUGGCUGGCACAAGAUGCCAUGGAGAACCCAGGCCAUCCCAGCAGGAACCACUGUCAUCAGUAGGCACUAGACAGGCUUCCUCCUGCCUAGGCCCUUGGCUGGCUCUAACCCACAGCCUGCGUCUGACCGGAUCCCAGCUAUGAAGUACACGGGAUUGCCGAGGCCUGGCACUGCAAUUAUGGGACAGCUGAGAAGAUAACACAGUGGUGGCACCAGACUUGCAGGGCUCUGAGGCAGGGGCAGCCAUUUCUACCAGACCACAGGUCAAGAAAGAGCAUGGAGGCCAUGUGGGGUCACGGACACAUAUUCGGAACAACAGGCACUUCAGAUGUAUCAGAAGUCACUUAAUAAAAAUCUAAAGCGCUACA